UACAUUUUUCAAACCAUAGUUUUUGGCAACUAUAUGUAUAUGAACAUAUUGUAAUUAUAAGUUAAUUAUCUUGCAUAACCAUACACAGAUGGAGAGUUCUGAAGGAAAAUUGGUGAUCAUAGGACGAGCGGAGAUCGAUACUCGAGCCCCUUUCAAGUCUGUCAAGGAAGCAGUUUCAUUGUUCGGAGAGAAAGUACUAGUUGGAGAGAUUUAUGCCAACAAGCUCAAAGAGAUGAAAGUUGAAGGGAGUGAAACUGGGAAUGCACAAUCCAAAGUUGGAGCAUUGACAUCUGAGUUAGAAGAAACAAAGCAAAGCCUUGAGAAAGCCAGAGAAGAAGCUAACUCCAUGGCUCAACGAAUCAAGAUGGUGCGAAAGGAGCUCGAGCAUACCAAGAAAGAGCUAGAAGAAGCAAAGGUGAGGCUUCAACAAAAGGAUUGUGAUCCAGAGAUUGAAGACCUUAAGUUCAUCUCAAAUGGAACAAACAAUAACGUGGAGAUCAAGGCACAAGUUCAAGCUGAUGAGGAAGCAGCAGAGUUUCAGAAAAGAAGAUAUGUGAAAUUUGCUAGUCCUCAUGCACUGGCUCAAGUUAUUCCCAAUAGGGAACAUGAAAAGAUUCUUGAGAGACCCCCUUCAAUCAAAAAGGGUAAGAAGAAGCCAAUGAUGCCUUUGUUAGGAUGGUUUUUCUCUAAAAAGAAGGGAAGCCAUGAACUUGAUUCUCCAAGAGCCUAAGCACUAGCUUGCUUUCAGUUACUAUGAAUAUUUCCUUAUUCAUAAUGAUGUGUGUUCUAAUCUUCUGAUUAGUCAUAAUUACUUGUAAUUCAUUAUUAUUCUCUGAUUUCUCAUAUGUGUAAAAACAAGGAGGAGGAAUCAAUUAAGUGUCCUCUCUCAAUUUUGUUACUUUUGUGACUUGUAUUUGCCAAUGCUUAAUGCCUCAUUAGCAAGGGAUAGAGGUUUCUGGAAGUGUAUGAAAUCAUGAUUAUAAUAUAGACACAAUAAAUA